AUACAUACAUAUACAUAUAUAUAUAUUACAGUACACAUAACACAACAACAAAGGCCACAAUCAAGAAUUGCUUCAACUCAAUUCAAUAAAACAACAACACAUGGAGUGGACAAGAGGCCACAUCAUAGGCCACGGAGCCACCGCCGCCGUCUCCGCCGCCACGUCCCGGAAGUCCGGCGAGAUCAUCGCCGUGAAGUCGGCGGAGCUGCAGCGGUCCAAGGCCCUUCAAAGGGAGGCUGAAAUUCUCUCCGGGUUGGAUUGCCCGUACAUAAUCGGCUUCAGGGGCUGCGACGUAACACGGGAGGGCGACACGGCCGUGUUCAACCUCAAAAUGGAGUACGCCCCAGGCGGCACGGUGGCCGACGCCGCGCGGCGGCUCGGCGGCGUCGACGGGCCCACUGCCAGGCGGUACACGUGUCAGAUCGUGAAGGGGCUCAAGUAUCUGCAUUCCAAGGGGAUCGUGCAUUGCGACCUUAAGGGGAGUAAUAUUUUGAUAUGCGACGGCGGCGUCAAAAUCGCUGACUUGGGCUGCGCCAAGGCGGCAGGUGCGGCGGCUAUCGGCGGCACUCCCAUGUACAUGGCGCCCGAAGUUGCCAGAGGGGAGGACCAGGGCUUCCCGUCGGAUGUCUGGUCUUUGGGGUGCACCUUAAUCCAGAUGUCCACCGGGAAGUCUCCUUGGCCGGACGCCGCCGCCGCCACCGUCCGCCGGAUUGCCUUCUCCGGCGAGGUGCCCGAGUUUCCGGAAGCUGUAUCGGAAUUAUGUAAGGACUUUUUGAGCAAGUGUUUGAGAGUUGUUCCGGCCGAGAGAUGGACGGCGACAGAGCUUCUCCGGCAUCCUUUUCUGGAGGAAUCGGAAUCUCCGACGAGUGUUCUGGAUCGGAGCGUUUGGGCCGGCGGAGAAUCUUGUGAAGAUUCCGUUCACAUGGAUGGGGAGUAUUCCUCGGAAUCUGCGAUGCAGAGGAUGAAAGAAUUGGGGAAAAUUUCAGGGGAUGAGAAGUGGGAAUGGGGACACAGUUGGAUUACUGUUAGAGAAGUGAAUUUUGUAAAUAGUGAAAAAUGGACACAGGAAUUAUUGACAUUGGAUAAUUUUCAAUUUUUGUGAAAAUUAAUUCUUACUUGUACAUAAUCAUUUUAUUGAAUUGUCAUUUUUUUGGAGAA